AUGAUAAUAAACAAAGCGAUACACGGAGGGUACCUCGACAAGAUGUCUCAGGCAGAAAUGGUGACAGUGCGAAUGUCGCGCGGCCAUCUGGGCACACCAUGGGGUUUUGAAAUUGGACCAAAACUAACCAUUACUAAUGUAAUGGGGGGCUCACUAGCCGAUCGCGCUGGCUUGCUUGAUAAUGAUAUUUUAGUAGAACUUGAAGGUCAUCAAAAGUUAAAUAUUGAACUUGCCAGACAAUUAUUAUCAAAAACAGAGCAUAAAAUUGAUUUAGUGGUUCAUCGGGUAGGAAGCGAUACAACACAUCAAAUUUGGCAGCCAUCUGUUACCGAAAAUGCAGAAUAUAAUAAAUUUCAGCAUUCUGUUCUUAAUGUUCCAUCAGUAGAUGCAGAAAAAAUGCAUCCUUCAAAUGUUCCACUGAAAGUAUCAUUAGAACACCAAAAUCCGGAUUCAAUCGCCAUUCCAGGAUUCAACGUUACUGCUCAACCAUUCGGAGAUCAUCAGCAAGUGAAACAUUUGCAGUACAAUUCACCAAUGUCACUUUAUUCACCGCAGUCAGCUGCUGAGCAAUAUCUCCAACAAACGGGUGGUCUUUUUGGAACUGAUCCCAAUUUAACGAAGCAAAAAGAAGUGCCGUCGUAUUUACGCUCAGAAACACUUCGCCUUAUUCAAGAAAGUGAACGCUCGAACGAAGUUGCGAAGACCAGAUCAUCAGUAAAACCAGUGGAAAUCAAUCGAGAAGGUUCUCGACUUAAUGCAGAAAACAUUACGGGAUUACCAGUAUGUUUCAUUUGUGGACGCAAUAUCAUAGGACCAAUGUGCCGAGCGUCUGAUUGCACUAUGCACGGUGAGUGCUUCCAGUGUUCCACUUGUGGUAGUGCAUUAAAAAAUAUUGGUCAUCACUUCAUUAAUGAAAAAUUUUAUUGCGAUAUCCACGGUCAGCAGCAGCUUAGAGGAGGAAGUAUAACUACAAAGCCCGAUGAUAUACAUUCAUCUUUAACAAGAAAAUCUCGAAUAACUUAUAAUGAAAGAAACACAUUGCAUGCUCCGUAUCAGCCUGAAAUCAUGACUCGGCAACGGCUUUCAAUCAGUCCAACAGCGUGGAAAACUCAAAGUCCUAUCAGCCCAAGCAAUCGCGGUGUACCACCAGCUGCUACCCAUUAUGGUCAUGAACUGACUGAGCUAAAAAAAGAAAUUCACAGUUCAUCAGUAAAUUCAGGGCUACAAGUGAAAGAUGAUAAAAUUUAUGAUCACGAAAGGAAGGAAAUUACUUAUGGACUGCUUGAUUAUCAUUUUUCGAAAGACAGUCAUACGUCUGAUCAGCAUUUGAAUGUGUUAACUCGGGUUCGAUCUUUACCAUCCGAAAUACGAAAAGUAACUUCACCACGACGAAAUCCAUUUAGACAUCAAUGGUCUCCAGAAAGUUCCAAGAUAAAAAAAUAUUGGCAGUAUGAUUGUAUGGCUGCUGCUCUCGAUAACGGUAUAUCAAAUGAAUCUGAAGACAUAGUUUUGUCAUUAUCAGAAUAUAUAAAAGAAAAUGAAAGAGAGUACCGAAGACGUCCAAGUCCAAAACGAUAUUUAUUGAGAGAGAGUAUUACUCGUUAUCAGCAGGAAUUACAUGAUCAGGAAGAAGAAUUAUCGCAUAUGCUUGAUAACACUAUUGAUUUUCUGAAAAAACUUGACAAAGCAAAUUUUGCGAGUAAAAAUUCAUUCAUAAAACCGUCAAAUGUUCAUGAACUAAUACGACAAAAUGAUGAACUACCAAGAGAUCGAGCUGUUCUUCACAAUCAAAGAGCUAGCAUACCAUACUGUGAAGAUUGCAAACAAGAAAUACGGGGAGCAUAUGUAUUGGCAAACGGUUUAUCAUACUGUCCAAAUCAUUUCAUUUGCUCUAAUAAAUCUUGCGGUCGAAAGUUGCUCGAUAUUGGCUUUGUUGAAGAGAAAGGAAGAAAAUAUUGUGAGCACUGCUUUGAGACUGAAAUCGCUCCACGUUGUGCUAAGUGUAAGCAGCCAAUAACUGCUGAUUGCCUAAAUGCGCUUCAACAACAAUGGCAUCCACAUUGUUUUGUUUGCACACACUGUCAUAAUGCAUUCGGAAAUUCUGCGUUUUUCCUUGAACAAGGGCAACCAUACUGUGAAGCUGAUUGGAAUGCAUUAUUCACAACGAAAUGCGUGUCAUGCCAUUAUCCAAUAGAAGCCGGUGAUAGAUGGGUGGAAGCACUUGGUGCUGCAUUUCACUCCAACUGCUUCAACUGCACAAGUUGCAAUGUAAACUUAGAAGGGGAGAAUUUUUAUGCUAGAAAUGGAGCACCGUAUUGCAAAUUACACGCUUAG